AUGAAAGCAUAUAGCGUAAAAAAUAAUGUAGAAACUAUGGGGGAAAAUACACACAUCUUGCGCACAAAAUGUAAUUUAGUUAAUAUGAAGGGAGGGAGGAACAUACAAAUGAGUUCUUCGAAAAACUUAAGAAGCAUAACGAAUACAAAUAAACGUUACAAAAAUGAAGAAGAAAUAAAUAACAGAUACAUAAAUAUAGGAAAUAGAAGUGUAAAAAUUACUUUUAGUAGUGAUAAAAAAAAGAGGAAAGAACAACGAAAAAAAAGAAAAAUGCGUAUAUUGGCUAGUCAAAAAAAAAAAAAAGGGAAAGAACUCAAGAAUAGAAAAAAACUGAUUGAUAACUUAUACAAGAUUUUGGAUACUGAAAAAGAAAAAGGGAAUAUUUAUUUUUUACCGAAGAGGUUAAAAAAAAAAAAAAAAUUGAAAUUAAAAAGAAUGAUAAUUUUAGAAAAAGAAGUCAAAAAUACCAUUUAUCAUGAUUUAAUGCAAAGAUGUAAAAAUAAAGAAAAUUUAACAAGUAGUGAAAAAGACGCGUAUUUUUAUUUACUUAAAAAUAAAACAAAAUGGAAGUUAAAAAACCAUUGUGUCCUUUUUUAUCUCAAAAAGGGUAAGCAAAUUUGUUCCCUUGAGGAAAGGCAUAAAAUAAAAAAAAGGUAUUUCUUAACCAAUUACUUUUAUAAAAAUGAAGAAAAAGAUGAUAAUGUAAUAAUAAGCAGUAAUGGGAACAUUGCCAAAGAAGUGAGUAGUAUAAAAAAAAUCAUCCUCCUUUGGAAUAAGAAAUACGUAAAGUACGCAAAAAAGAAUACAAAGAAGGUACAUAAUGAGAGGAAAAAUACGUCAUCUACAUGUUAUUACAAAAAAAAAAAUGUACAAAAUGUGGAGUAUAAAUGUAGUGAAGCAACUACCCACGGACAGCAGAAUAAAAUUGUGAGGUAUAAUUACAUAAAGGAUGAGAAGGGGAAUGGUAAGAAUCAGAUAAGCAACUGUGUGGUGCAGGAGAUUAACUUUAACACGGAAGAAGUUAUAAAUACAGAGAUGGAAAAUUCCCUGAAUAGCAAGAUAAUUACUGAAUAUAGGAAUAAAGAACAAAUGAAAAAAGAUAUACUAAAAAAUGAGAAAAUUUUAAAUUAUAUAGUUGUAAGCAAAAUAGAAAAAAAAAUAUAUAUGAACGAAUAUGUUGAUCAUGAGAUAACGGACGAAUUGAAUAAUUUGGUUAAAGACUUUUUACAAAAAAUUUCCAAGUCCCAUGAAAAGCUGUUAUUAUUAAAAAAGAAAAGAUAUUACUUAGGUUUAAAAGAAAGCUAUAAGCAUAUAUGUAUAAACGAACCAAAGUUAGUUUUAGUUGCUCCAAAUAUUGAACCAAUGCUAAAUAACACAUUUAAUGAUAUAAUUCUUAAAAUAAUUUGUAAAUGCAAAGAAAAAAAUAUUCCUUUGGUGUUUGCCUUAAGCAAGAACUUGCUAGGUAAAUGCAUAAACAAAUCGAGACAGUCAAUCAUUUGUAUAGUUAAUAACGACUCGUAUAUAAAGGAAUGUAAUAGCAUUAUAAACUUGGCAAGUUCCCUUAAAAUAUACAAAUAA